UUCUGAUACGCGCUCCUGUACGCGCCGACCUGUCCAACGCGUUCGCCUUAGCAAGCACGUUAGCGACAGCCAAUUUCGAAAGACCAUCAGUUCUACAACGCUGUGAUCUUUACUCCCGUAUAAAGCGUUCAACAAAGAUAAACUUUGUUCUGUUCUGCUGUCUAAUAGUACCUUUAAUUAUUAGGCGCUUAGGUACAGGAGCGAUAUCACAAAGUGGCGUAUAAACGAGCCCCUGACUGUUCCGCUUUGAAACAAGCGGCCAGUGCCCAGAAUUUGCCUCUAAACCCCAGGUGUUCGUUGCGCCUUCCAACAGCUUCCUCGCUUAUUUCUUCAACUUCGCCCUGCUCCUUGCCCUCGUCUUAUUAGGCGGUGCCAAAGGAGCGCGGCCAAUACACCUUCACACACAAUGGAGAUUGCUCCUUACGAAGGCAUCGAAGUCUUCAAUGGGUGGGGCCCCGAAGCUAUCAACGGCGGCCAGCAUCAGAAGUUCCACCGCGCGGCUGAUAGUAGCGGGGUCUUAUCGCCGAAAAGCAGGCUAUGCGGUCUCUCGAGGACAAUUUUCUGGCUGGCCAUCACUAUCACAGUCUUGGCUAUUAUCAUUAUAGGGCUAGCGACUGGGUUCGGCGUAGCGUUGAGCAAGGCGCAGAACGCCAAUGCCUAUAACAGCAUGCCCAGCAGCCUCGCGAGUACAACGCCCACUGUCUUCUCAUCACCACCAUCAUCGUCCACUCACAUAUCACCCGCGCUAACACCACUAUCGACGAGCACCGUCUCCUCGACAUCGAUGUCGGGGGGCAUCCCGCAGCCGUCUAAUAUCUGCCCGGGUGCGAACAAUACUAUCCUGACGCCGCCAAUCGGCGACGUGCGGUACCUUGUAGCUUGUGACUCGGAUUUCGGCGAUAGCGGGAAGCAGACGCUCGCAUCGUUCGUCACAGCAACGUGGGACGACUGUCUCGACCUCUGCAACACGAUGAACUACUUCCAGGACCGCGCCGACAUCGGCUGCACCUGGAACGUCUUGGGAACCGGCACCCAGACGCCAGGGACGUGCUGGUGCCUCGGCGGCGCCGACAAGACGGUCGUCGCGAAUCGGGGCAAUGUCGCGGCCGUGCCGCAAUGAGGUGGUGUCUUUGUGGAAUUGAUAGAUAAGGGCGGGUUCCGGUUGUGCUGCGGCAGGUCAAUAACAGCAUCAGCACUCGAGGAGAAGCGGGAAACUGUUUGGGUCUGUCAGGAAAGCAUAUUGUGAUGGGGUGACGGAUAGUGAGGUCACGAUGGGGGAGGAGAGUGGAGUGUGUUCUUAGGGACUGAAUCCUCAACUCCGAGUCUAGGAAUGAGCAUGAUUCACGACCUAUACCCUGCCGGUGCAUGCUAUGCAACGUUUUCGAUCGAGACGGAUCACUGCCUAGGGGGCUUAGUCAUUGGCGUUUCGAACGACCAACAACUUGAACCAAGAACAAGCGCCAGCUCCCUCUCGGCUGGCUGAGUCACCUUUUCUG